AUGGCACCUGGGUCAAGGCCAGGUGUUGGUCCUAAUGGAACCUGGUUCAAGAAUGAGGCUGCUGAUUGGCUCUUAUCCCUGGCCUUCCUGCCAGUGGUCUGUCUCGGCUUCCGCCCGGAUAUCUGCAACGCAAAGCCAAAGGACCUCUCUCUGGAGCCGCGCUGCAUUUACCGAAGUCCUGACACCGAUCCCACGGACAGUCCAGCUUCGGAGCCCGAAUCCAUCCCCGAGUCCACAAACCCUCGAGUAUGGGAGCUGUCCAAGGCGAACGGGCGCUUCGCUCUGUCGCUGUACAAACAGCUGGCACUCAGCAAGACGCCCGACGCCAACAUCUUCAUGUCGCCCCUCAGCGUGUCCACAGCGUUCGCCAUGACCAAACUGGGCGCGUGCGAUGACACGCUGGAGCAGAUCAUGAAGGUGUUUGAGUUCGACACCAUCAAGGAGAAAACGUCCGAUCAGGUCCACUUCUUCUUCGCCAAGCUGAACUGCCGCUUGUACAGGAAGAAGGACGAGACCACCGAGCUCAUCUCUGCCAACCGUCUGUUCGGGGAGAAGUCGCUCGCCUUCAACGAGACGUACCAGAACAUCAGCGAGACGGUUUACGGCACCAGACUGCAACCUCUCGACUUCAAGGAACAUGCGGAGGAGUCCCGCGUCACCAUCAACGACUGGAUCGCCAACAAGACAGAAAACAGGAUCCAGGAGACGCUGCCGGCCGGCGUGCUGGACUCCACCACCGUGCUGGUCCUGGUCAACACCAUUUACUUCAAGGGUCAAUGGAAGAACAAAUUCGACAAAGACAACGGCGUCGUGGCGGACUUCCACGUCAGCCCCAGCCGCAGCUGUGCGGUUCCCAUGAUGUACCAGGAGGCGCGCUUCAGGUACCGACACUUCCCAGACGACCAGGUGCAGCUCCUGGAGAUGCCGUACAGCGGCGACGACAUCACCAUGGUGAUGAUCCUGCCCAGCAAAGACACGCCCCUCAGCAAGGUGGAGGAGAUGCUGGACCUGGGGAAGCUGAGCUCCUGGUUGGACCAGAUGAAGGAGACGACGGUGUCGGUGCAGCUUCCUCGUUUCAGGGUGGAGGACAGUUUCAGUCUGAAGGAGAAGCUUCAGUCCAUGGGACUCAGAGACCUCUUCAACGCUGACCGAGCCAGCCUGCCAGGGAUGUUGGAGGACGGCAGUGACGGCAUUUACAUCUCUGAUGCUUUCCACAAAGCUUUCCUGGAGGUGAAUGAGGAGGGCAGCGAGGCGGCGGCCGCCACCUCCGUCGUCGUCAUCGGACGCUCCAUCAACCUGAACCGCGAGGUGUUCGUGGCCAACCGGCCGUUCCUGCUGCUCAUCAGAGAGGCCACCAUCAACACGCUGCUGUUCGUCGGCCGCGUGGCCGACCCCUGCGGCCAAUAAGAAAACUGCCUCUCGCUCUUACUUAGAGCUUUAAAAAAAAAAAACCCAGAAAUCUACAGUCUGUUUGAUGACCUUUGCAAACCAUGUGACAUAAAAAC